AUGAAGCGCAAAGCAGCAGAUUCUCCGAAUGAGAAUCACGACGACGACGACGACAACUGGCCAACAGCAUCAACACCGAAACGACAAAAGACGGGCCCUGGGCCGAGUGCGGCGUUGGCAGUAAAUGGUAAUGCAUUGAAUGGCGACGUCACACCCUCGAAGCGCGCGCGCUUCACCCCAAAAAAGGUCUCGGAUCGAGCUGACGCGCUGAAUCCCUCCGGACUUAAGACGCCCACGCAUAGGUCCAAAGCCAAAUCGUUAUUUACCACACCUAAAAAGGAUACGCCAUCGAGAGUGAGGAAUGCUGAUCGGUCAGCUAAGAAAAAGAGUGCUAGGAUACUGUUGGAGCAAGAUGAUGAAGAUACUUGGGAUGGCGCGGGCAAGCUCGCAGAGGAAAUCUUGGACGAGGAAGAUGGCGGCGAGAAUACGACUCACAGUGACGUGAGAGAGAAUGGCGUAUUUGAAACGACGGAGAAGGACGGUGAGCCUACUACAGCAGCUGCCGAACCUCCUGUGAAGCGCAGAGCUGGUCGGCCUAAAGGAGCUAAGAACAAACGAUCUCCGACUCCAGAGGGCGAUAUACCUCCUCAUGAACGCUACUUCUUUCAAAACCGACCCGGUCCACCCAAGACGUCUAACAAUACCCUGAGCAAAGUCUCAUUGUUAGCGCACGACGAAUAUUUCGAGUUGCUAGGCCGUUAUGAGGAUCCGCUACGGGAGGAGAAAGAACUCUUAUUGACUAUACAUCAACGGUCAUUUGUUCAAUGGAAUUUUGAACUCUGUGAGCGUUUCAAUAUUUGCUUGUACGGAUAUGGGUCGAAGCGAGGAUUGGUGCAGAAAUUUGCGGAUUGGCUAUACGCGCGAUCUGAAUCUCCGCGUCCAGUAAUAGUAGUAGUCAAUGGCUAUGCUUCGAAUACAACCGUCCGCGGUAUACUUAAUGCCAUUGCUACAGCUGUGCGUGGGGAGGACGUCCCCUCCAAAAUUGGUGCUACGCCGAGUGAGGCACUUGAGUUUUUGCAGUCAGCUUUGCAAGUACGUGAAAGGCCAGUCACCGUGCUGAUCAAUUCAAUUGACGCACCGCCCUUGCGAAGAACUGUAUAUCAAGCGCAACUUGCACGUCUGGCCGCUCUUCCCAAUGUUAAUCUUUUGGCUACUGUCGAUACACCGACUUUCUUGACCAUGUGGGAUAUGAGCCUGCGGGAUCAAUUCAACUUCGCAUUCCACGAUUGCACUACCUUUGCACCUUUCGACGGUGAAAUGAAUGUUGUGGAUGAAGUGAAUAACUUGCUGGGUAAAAAGGGGCGGCGCGUGGGUGGCAGAGAAGGCGUGGCAUUCGUGCUAAAGAGUCUGCCGGAAAAUGCCCGGAAUCUUUAUCGAUUACUUCUGACAGAGCUCUUGACGCUCCAAUUCGGCGACGAAAACGGCGGUGGUGUCAGCGAUGAAGAAGAUGAUCAAGACCGGGGUCCCGCACAAACACUCCAAAACGCUGGACGGCCGCGCGAAGAACCAGGUAUAGAGUUCAGAACACUGUAUCAAAAGGCUGCCGAAGAGUUCAUUGCAUCGUCAGAGAUGAUGUUCCGCACUCUGCUGAAAGAAUUUCACGAUCACCAAAUGGUUACGUCACGUAUGGACGCGACUGGCACGGAGACAUUGGGUAUUCCCUUGUCUCGCGAGGAAAUGGAAGGGGUUCUGGAGGAUUUGGUGUUGAGUUAG